AAUUCGAAAAAACAAAGCAAACAGUUCUUUACACUUCUGGCCGGCAAUCCAUUUUGUCUCUUACUCUUUCACAGAAUCUCCUUACUCCCUUCACUACAAUGCCCAUCUUCUCUAUAAUAAAUCCCUUUGGGUUUAUCACUCUCUUCAUCUCCAUUGUUCCCUAUGGACUCCCCUCCAGUUGCCGCCGUUUCUCUCGUCCUCCUCGCAUCCUUCCUUCUCUUCUUCUCUUUCGCUCAAUCUUCCACGAUCGGCGUCGGUUACAUUUCCAAAAUUCUCGAAAUCCAGGACCGCGAACGAGCUCUUCCUUCUGUCCAAGUUGCCGCCGCUCGCGGUGUUCUGCAACGCCUCCUUCCUUCUCACUCUUCCAGCUUCGAGUUUCGAAUUGUAUCUAAGGAGCAAUGUGGAGGGGAAUCUUGCUUCAUUAUAAAAAAUCAUCCCUCGUUUACAAGGCGCGGAGCUCCUCAGAUUCUAAUUUCCGGGGUAACUGGAGUAGAAGUGUUGGCUGGUUUGCAUUGGUAUUUGAAGUAUUGGUGUGGUUCGCAUAUAUCUUGGGACAAAACAGGAGGUGUGCAGCUCAAUUCGAUACCUAAAUUGGGUUCUCUUCCACGUCUUCAAGAUGAUAGUAUCUUGGUUCAGAGACCUGUUCCUUGGAAUUAUUACCAGAACGCUGUCACAUCUAGCUAUUCUUUUGCUUGGUGGGAUUGGAAAAGAUGGGAAAAGGAAAUUGAUUGGAUGGCUCUUCAAGGCAUCAACUUGCCACUAGCAUUUACAGGACAGGAAGCUAUUUGGCAAAAAGUUUUCCAGCAGAAAUUUAAUAUUAGUAAAGAAGAUUUGGAUGAUUUCUUUGGAGGCCCUGCAUUUCUUGCAUGGUCACGCAUGGCAAAUUUGCACAGGUGGGGAGGACCACUACCACAAAGUUGGUUUGAUCAACAACUAGUUCUGCAGAAGAAAAUUCUCGCCAGAAUGUAUGAACUUGGAAUGACUCCAGUUCUUCCAGCCUUUUCUGGAAAUGUUCCUGCAGCAUUAAGGAAUAUAUUUCCUUCAGCAAAAAUAACACGCUUGGGGAAUUGGUUUUCAGUUAGGAGUGAUGUUAGAUGGUGCUGCACGUAUCUCCUUGAUGCAACAGAUCCCUUGUUUAUUGAGAUUGGAAGAGCAUUCAUUGAGCAACAAUUGACAGAGUAUGGAAGUACCAGCCACAUAUACAACUGUGACACUUUUGAUGAGAAUACUCCACCUGUUGAUGACCCAGAGUACAUAUCUUCAUUAGGUGGAUCAAUAUUUGAGGGAAUGCAAAGUGGUGACAGUAAUGCUGUCUGGCUGAUGCAGGGGUGGUUAUUUUCAUAUGAUCCUUUCUGGAGACCUCCACAAACGAAGGCGCUUCUACAUUCAGUUCCUAUAGGGAGGCUGGUAGUCCUUGAUCUGUUUGCCGAAGUGAAACCCAUAUGGAAUACUUCAGAGCAAUUUUAUGGUGUCCCUUACAUCUGGUGUAUGCUGCACAACUUUGCAGGAAACUUGGAGAUGUAUGGGUAUUUAGAUUCGGUAGCUUCUGGACCGGUUGAAGCUCGUACCAGUGAGAACUCCACAAUGGUUGGUGUUGGAAUGUCAAUGGAAGGUAUAGAACAAAACCCAGUUGUUUAUGACCUCAUGUCUGAAAUGGCAUUUCAAAAGAACAAGGUUGAUGUCAAGGAAUGGAUUGAUUUGUAUUCAGCAAGACGAUAUGGUCGAUCAGUUCCAACAAUACAAAAUGCCUGGAAUAUACUGUACCACACAGUUUACAAUUGCACUGAUGGUGCCUAUGACAAAAACCGGGAUGUAAUUGUAGCAUUCCCUGAUGUUAAUCCAAAUCUUGUUUCGAUGCUGCAAGGAAGGCAUCACACCGAUGUAAAACUAGUAUCAAGAAGAGCGGCCCUAAUAAAAAACACUGAUUCAUAUGAACAUCCUCACCUAUGGUAUUCAACCACUGAAGUUGUGCGUGCUUUGGAACUUUUCAUUGCAGGAGGGGAUGAAUUAUCUGGAAGCAGCACUUACAGUUAUGACUUAGUUGACCUGACAAGACAAGUGUUGGCAAAAUAUGCAAAUGAGCUGUUCUUGAAGGUCAUUGAAGCCUACCGAUUAAAAGACAGCCAUGGAGUUGCUCACCAGAGUCAGAUGUUUCUAGACCUUGUGGAAGACAUAGACACACUCCUGGCAUGCCAUGAAGGAUUUCUUCUGGGUCCAUGGUUAGAAAGUGCAAAGCAACUUGCUCAAGAUGAAGAACAGCAAAUACAAUUUGAAUGGAAUGCAAGAACUCAGAUAACUAUGUGGUAUGACAACACAGAGGUGGAAGCAAGUCUUCUUCGUGACUAUGGGAACAAGUACUGGAGCGGUCUUCUAAAAGAUUAUUAUGGUCCCCGAGCAGCUAUAUAUUUCAAUUUCUUAACCCAGAGUUUGGAAAAUGGCCAUGGUUUCCAGUUGAAGGCUUGGAGAAGAGAAUGGAUAAAGCUUACAAACAAAUGGCAGAAAAGUCGGAAGAUAUUCCCGGUGGAGAGUAACGGAAAUGCUCUGAACAUAUCACGGUGGCUCUAUCACAAAUACCUUGGCAAUCCGGAUACAUAUGAUCAUUAAGUGAAGCUGCCAUAGCACAAUGUUACAAACUAUAUGAACUUUUUGGACAUCAUCAGAGAAUCUUGCGAUUUGCAUCAAACUAAGCUGUAAUCUGCUUGUUUACGAAUUAUAAAUAUAAAUCAAUGCAGGUCAUGUAACA